GGUUAUAAUCCAUACUAACAAGUGCUGUGUCUACAUAAGCACGUGAAGCACACUACGGUCACUUCUCAUCUCAAGAGCCUACCAGAUGAAGUGAAGCUACUGUGGGCGCUGCAGACUCACGCACUACCCAUCAAGCACGAAGCCUUUAAAAGCAAACUCAUCCUACGGAUUGCAAUCAGCCACGAUCGUGAUAACAACAGAAGUAGAUCAAUAGCAAAAGGAAAUCAUGGCUGACACAAAGGCAGUGAUCAAAAACACCGAUAUGAGUGAGGAGAUGCAGCGGGAGGCGGUGAACUGUUGCACUGAAGCCAUAAAGAAUUACAGCGUGGAGAAGGAUGUAGCUGCGCAUAUCAAGAAAGAGUUUGACAAACGCUACAACCCGACGUGGCACUGCAUUGUGGGACGGAAUUUUGGCAGCUACGUCACACAUGAAACAAACAACUUCAUUUAUUUGUACCUCGGUCCAGUUGCGGUGCUACUGUUCAAGUCCGGUUGA